UGUGAGGGUGAUGAGGCACUGGCACAGGCUGUUCUGGGAAGUUGUGGAUGAGGCUCUGAGCAACCUGGUCAUGUUGAAGGUGUCCCUGCUCACGGAAGGGGGGUUGGAGCUAGAUGAUCUUCACCUUUCCAACCCAAACUAUUUUAUGAUUCUGUGAAUUUGGAGACCCCUCCCAGUGCGUCACCUCUUUGGGAACGUGAGCUGCUCUGUCAGCUCCCAGAAGCUGCCCUACAGUGCGUGACUGUGCAUUCUCUACAGUGAGCUCCUCACAGCGCCCAGCACAGGGCGGGGAGCGCCUCUGUCGAUGAAUUAAUUACUUGAUUAAUUAAAACAACACUUUGUCAUUGUGAGUGUGCCUCGGCUGCCGGGAGGCGCGCUGGGACCUCCGGGCCGCCAGGCGGCGCUGCCGCCCCACGGCACUGCCGGCGGUGCCGCUCUAGCGCGGUCAGCGCCACACGCGGCGCUUCCGGGAGCGACGGGCGCCGGGAGCCGCAGGAUGCAGCGGUGGCCAGUGGUGCUCUUCCUGGCCUGGGUUUGCUUUCUCUUUUUUGCUGGUAUCGGGCUCUUCAUGAGCGGCUUCUUGCUCACCCGGAUCGAGCUUGCCAGCAGCAGUUCCUGCUCAGACCCGCUCGUGCCUCCGCUUUGGGAGAGGCAGAGCCUCCCGCCAGGCUCCUGCUGGGCUCCCCAGCGCUUUUCCAAGGCUGUGCUCGUCAUCAUCGACGCCCUGCACUUCGAGUUCGCCCGCUUUGACCCCGCCAAGGCCAGCCCGCUGCCCUACGAGAACAAGCUGGGCGUGCUGCACCAGCUGGCCACCUCGCAGCCCCGCCACGCGCGGCUCUACCGCUUCCGAGCCGACCCGCCCACGGCCACCAUGCAGCGCAUCAAGGGCCUCACCACGGGCUCCCUGCCCACCUUCAUCGACGUGGGCAACAACUUCGCCUCCUACGCCAUCCAGGAGGACAACCUGCUGGCACAGCUGGUGCAGAACGGAAGGAGAGUGGUCUUCAUGGGUGAUGACACGUGGGAAGGACUCUUCCCAAAGAAGUUCUUCCGUUCCUAUUUCUUCCCUUCUUUUAAUGUGAAGGAUCUUCACACUGUGGAUGAUGGGAUCCUGCAGCAUCUCUAUCCAACUGUGGACAGCGGUGAAUGGGAUGUGCUGAUUGCUCACUUCCUUGGUGUGGACCACUGUGGGCACAAACACGGACCCGACCACCCCGAGAUGGCAAAAAAGCUCACCCAGAUGAAUGAGAUGCUCAGGUCCUUGGUGGAUCACCUGGGAAAUGACACUCUUCUUCUGGUGGCUGGGGACCAUGGCAUGACAGAAACUGGAGACCAUGGUGGCGACAGCGAGAAGGAAGUCAACGCAGCACUGUUUGUGUACAGCAGGACACCCCUGUUUGGCAGUGGCCCUCCAGAGGAGCCUGAAACCAUUCCCCAAGUGAACCUGGUGCCCACUGUGGCCCUGCUGCUGGGGGUGCCCAUCCCCUACAGUAAUAUUGGGGAGGUGAUGGCCGAGCUGUUCGCUGGGGACGGUGACGCUGUGUCUGCAGCCUUGCAGCAGCUCUCAGUCUACCACAUCAAUGCCAAGCAGGUGGAUCGCUUCCUGCAGUCCUACUCGCUGGUGGCUCAGGACCUGCCAGCAGAGCAGCUCCAGCACCUGCAGGAGCUCUUCUCCAGUGCUGUGGAGGAGCACACGCAGCUCCUGACCCAGGUGCAGGGGACGACAGUGCCUCCGGAGCUCAAGCCAAGGCUGGGAAGCCUCAUCGGUCGCUUCCAGCGCUACUUGAGGGAGGCACGGGCUGUGUGCACCCAGUCCUGGGCCCGCUUCCACCCCCUGCGUAUGGUGGGGGGCUGCAUCCUUAUUGCUUCCUCUUGCUUGCUCUGCUACAUGGCCUCAGAGCUGGCCGUGUCCUCACAAUCUCUCUGUCGCAGCUGCCUCCUGUACCCGCUCUUCUGGGGCCCUGUGGGGGCUGCUCUGCUAUGGCUGGUCCACGUUUUCACCCAGGAGGAGCUGGAUCUGCUCCUGGUGUCGUCAUGGGCAGCCGCUGCUUCUCAGCUGGGUUUUUUCUGGCACUGGUGGGGCCAGCAUCUCAAGAGAGCCCGUUUGACAGGCAGUCAGCCACCCUUGGCCAGUGGUGGCCUGAGGCAGAGGCUGCGAGCAUGGCUGGGGCUGGCCUUCCCCAUGGGCAUUCUGUUCUUCCGCUGCGGAGCUAUGUUCUCCGACAGCUUUGUUGUGGCCGAGGCACGGGUGGCUCCGUUCCUGCUGGCCUCCCUGGUGAUGUUGCUAGUAGGGAAGCUCCACUGGGAUGGCCACCUGACUGUGCCAGAAGGUCCCAAGCAGCAGCUCCUUGGCGUUUCUUCUUACCGGAGAGAGAUCUGGUACCUGCUGUGCCUCGUGGCCAUGCUCCUGGUCUGCGUGCGCCUCUCCAGUUUCUUCCACCAGUGCCGCGAAGAAAUCCCUCAGUGCCGGCCCUCUGCUUUCCUCUCCCCACUUGCCAGCCUGAGAAACACACGGGCCAAGAACCUCUUCUACCUCCUGUGCGUGGCCUUGCUGGCUGGGCUGGUGUAUGCAGUGCAGAGCUGGCUAAGGCACUAUGGCAACCUGAACAGCUCAGACCCCCUCGUGCUCUUUGUGCGCUGGGGUUUCCCACUGGUGGUCCUUUGCAUUGCCUGCUACUGGGCCGUUGCCUCCAGUGCUGAUGACUCUCUUGGCAAGCUGCAGGAGCUGGUGCAGGUUGCAGUUGUUGUCUUUCCCAGGGCUGUCUAUGGACUAGCAUCCAUGGGACUGCUGCUCCUGCUGUGCAAUCCCAUGACAGUGUUUGCAAAGGACACACGGGAGUCGGCAGGAUCCAUUGUCACUCCCUACCUGGGGGUCCCUGGCUCUGAAGUCGACUUCCUCCACGUCAUCCCUCAGAUCUACAAGAGGAUGCAGGAGUCUCAGAAGAGCCGGCUGGAGCGGGGCAGCUGCAGGGCCACUGUUGCAGCAUAUGGGCUGGGCAGCGUGUACUCAGCAGCCCUGGUCAUAGCCCUCACCCUGCUGGCCUUCCUCUUGAUGCUUCUGCACAGCGAGCGGCUGAGCUUUGCCUUCCUGCUCCUCUUCCUGGAGGCCUUUGUGCUGCUGCACAUCCACACGUGUGCCAGAGGCCUUGCUGGAGAUGCUGAGCUGUUUUCAGUGCCGUGGUAUGCAGUGAUCUCCUGGCUCCUUGCUGCUUCACAGUUCUUCUAUUCCACAGGCCACCAGCCUAUCUUCCCAGCCAUCCACUGGAAUGCAGCCUUUGUUGGCUUCCACCUCGACCACAGCAUGAAUGUCCUGCCUGCUGUCCUGGUGGGAGCCAACACCUUUGCCUCCCAUAUCCUCUUUGCAGUUGGCUGCCCGCUGCUCCUGCUGUGGCCCUUUGUGUGUGAGAUGUCCAGCUCACAGAGGAAGAAGCCCAAGAAGGAGUCCCGGGAGGCGCUGCAGGAGGUGCAGGAGCACAUGAUGGAAAUGAGGCUGCGGGAGUCUCCAGAGGAAUUCUCCACUGCUCUGCUGCGGCUGGGAUUGAAGUACCUCUUUGUCCUUGGGGCACAGCUUCUGGCCUGUGUUUGUGCAGCUAUGAUCCUCAGGAGACACCUCAUGGUUUGGAAGGUCUUUGCCCCAAAGUUCCUCUUUGAGUCGCUGGGCUUUGUGGUGAGCAGCAUCUGCCUCUUGCUGGGGAUCUCCCUGGUGAUGCGUGUGGACUGUGCCGUCAGCACCUGGUUCAGCCAGCUUCAGCUGAGGUAGCCUUGGAGGCGUGGGGAGCCUGACCUGCUCGUCGGCCCAGGCUGUGCUUGUCUCCUUGCCUCCCUGGGCUGUGAGGGACACACGAGCCGCCAGCAAACCAGUGCCUGCCAACAGCAGUCAGGGAUUGUGCCCAGCUCCCUGCUGCUGUGCUGAACAAAAGGACUGGAGCCAACUGCUCCUGGCUCACAGGGAUGGUGUUUCUCAGCAGAGGAGGUCAGAGCUCUCACUGGGCCUUUGCUGGCAGCAGGAGGACUCUGCUGCAGGAGCCCAAGAAGCAAGAGUCCUGAAGUGCUCCUCUGGAGAAACACCAACAGGGAUCUUGCUGGUACUUUCCUGACACCUGCCACAAUGUGCAGCUGGUAGGCUUCAGUGGCCAGCAAGGUGUCACCUUGACUGUGCAAAGACUCACGGGAUGGAGCUGGCUGAGGAGGGGAGAGGAGGUUGGAAGGGGAGGGAAUGUCCCACAGCCCCCA